CUUUUGGACUCACACACUUAAAGACGAACGGCAUAUACAGGUACCAAUCUGACCACAACUCAUUUAGAGAAACUUAGUUAGUGCCCCUCUCAGAGAUGGAGCAGCCAUCUCGGCCUGUGCUGUUUGACUUCCAUGGAGUAUCCAUGACCAAAUACUUCACUGACAACUGGGACAACGUACAGAACUUCAAAGCAAGACCAGAUGAUGUCCUCUUAGCCUCUUUUCCUAAAGCAGGAAACACAUGGGUGUCCUACGUCCUGGAUCUUCUGUAUUUCAGCCAGAUGUCAGCUACACGUCAAGACUCAGUCCCUCUUCAUGAAAGAGUGCCGUUCUUGGAGCUACUCAUGCCUGGCAUACCAUCAGUAUCAGGAGUGGAUGAGCUGAAUAAGUUAACCACCUCUCCACGCAUUAUCAAGACACACCUGCCAGUCCACUUUGUUCCUAAAUCUUUUUGGGAACAGAACCCCAAGAUUAUCUAUGUGGCCCGUAAUGCCAAGGACACUGCAGUGUCCUAUUUCCACUUUGAUCGCAUGAACACUGCCCAGCCAGAGCCUGGAGACUGGAGUAGCUUCCUCCAGAGAUUCAUCGAGGGGAAAAUGGUGUUUGGUUCCUGGUAUGAUCAUGUGAGAGGCUGGUGGGACAAGAAACAGACCAGUUCUAAUAUCCUUUACUUGUUCUACGAGGAUAUGAUUGAGGAUACUGAGCGAGAACUGAGUCGGCUGUGUUCUUUUCUGGGACUGUCUCCCACCGCAGAGAUGAAGAAGCAAGUGAUAGAAAAGGUUCUGUUUAACAACAUGAGGAAAAACCAGAUGGUGAAUGGCUCCCUUGAUGAAGUCCUUGAUUUCAAAAUAUCUCCUUUUAUGCGCAAAGGGAAAGUUGGUGACUGGAGGAAUCAUUUCACUAUCGCACAGAAUGAACAAUUCGAUGAAGACUACAAGAAGAAGAUGAAAAACACUAAUCUAGAAUUCCGCACAGUCUUGUAGCUGAUUUGACUCAUUCUCGUCCUUGACAUAAUGUAAAAGAUACAAAAUCAAAAAUAAUAACACAACAUAUGACAAUAAAGAGAUUUCAAGAUAUCUUGGU